AUACCGGAAAUAAGGAUGGCGGCGAAGAACGGCAAAAGCGGACUCUUGGAGAAAUGGAGAAUCGAUGAGAAACCAGUGAAGAUUGAUAAAUGGGAUGGGGCAGCGGUGAAGAAUUCUCUGGACGAUGCAGCAAAGAAGGUGCUGUUGGAGAAGUAUGGAUACACAGAGAACUUCGGCCUGGUGGAUGGUCGUCUGGUCAUCUGUACAGUCUCGUGCUUGUUCGCCAUGGUGGCCCUGGUAUGGGACUACUUGCAUCCCUUCCCCGAGUCCAAACCUGUCCUCGCCUGCUGUGUCAUCUCUUACUUCAUAAUGAUGGGCAUCCUGACUCUAUACACGUCCUACAAAGAGAAGAACAUUUUCCUGCUGGCCAUACAGAGAGACCCAGCAGGCAUGGACCCCGACCACCUCUGGCAGCUCUCCUCCUCUCUGAAACGGUUUGAUGACCGAUACUCACUGAGAGUCUCCUUCACUGAUGGAGUUUCCAAGAACUUGCGGGAGGCGGAGUUUACUAAGUCGGUGGCAGAGUUCUUCGAUGAGAAUGGAACUCUGGUCAUGGACCGGUUUGAAAAGUGUUGUUCUAAACUCCACGACACGCUGACCUCAGAGAAGAAAAGCAAGUAAUGCUGAGCCGACAAGAGCCUGGGCCUCCAGCUGACGUCACACAGCACCAACCCUGUGUUGUUCCAUCCGUCUGUCCCCUAUCAGGUCCUCAGCGGUGCUGGGCACAUACCACCUCUGUCCUUGUUCUAGGUCCACUGCAGGGUUCUGAUUGGUCCAGAUGCUUCCCUGUUACAGUGACAUAAGUUCUGCAUUAUUGGAUCUUUGUUUGUUUUAGGGGUAAAAUUGGGGUAUAAGUUUUUGUGUGUUCUGCAGCUGGAAGCCACAGUGGAUCUUAUCGUAUUGUUUUAUAAUGUCUGCAUCAUCAGCAUGGUGGUCCUCAUGUAUACUUUUGUUAUGGUAUCCUUUUUCUACUGUCCCUCUGUACUGUACACUGCUGCACACGUUUCACCAGGUCCUGGUAACUAGCUAGCUGACUCUGCCUACUUACUAAGCACAUUCCAGCAGCUUCUUUUGUAGAGUGCACACCAGGAAGUAGUCCUAGUGGAUCUGCCAUGUGUAGGUUGGCCUGACAUCAGCAGAUGGCGCUUCAUGUUAAUGUGGCACCAGUGGCUGCUGGUGCUAACAGUUGGGGGGGGGGUGCCAUGUACCUUGGUGCAGCACACCUGACAACUGCUUUGAUGUCCACACAGUCACAGAGUUAUUAAGGACAAUGUUGAUAACAUCUGUAGGCUACAUUGGCCUUCUUAAUAACUCUGUGACUGAGUGGAAAUUAAAGCAGUUGUCCGGUGUGCUGCACCAAGGUACAUUGCACACCCCCCCCCCAAAAAAAAAAAUUUGUUAGCGCCAGCUGCCACUACUUGGCAGCCUCUUUUACGUUAGCUGCGACAAACCGAGAUUUUUUUUCCCCCCAAAGCAUAGCAACAAGACGUUUGCAUUUAUUGACAAGCUGUAGCUCAAAAGACUAUUGUGGAAGCAGAUGAGCUAUCAAAUCUUUCUUUAUUCAGACACAUGGGUCCAUAUUAAAAAACAAUACAACACAGCCACUCUGGUGGCCAAGCGGAGUAAACCGCCGUUCUUGCGAUCCGCUCGUCACGUGGCUGGGAGGUUCGUAUCCCAGACUCGCCGUAACCGGUCAGAGCCAGAGCGUCCACGGGGUGAGGCAUUCAUUAGACCACCCUUACCCGGGGGAUAGUGGGUGUAGAUCGGUGUAGUGUUCGGGGACUCGUCGUUCUCCAGCGACCCCUCUGGCCCACCCGGGCGCCUGCAGCCAAGGGACUGAAAGCAUUCUCCCUACGCCUCCUUCGCGGCCUGAAGGUGAUGCAAUCCAUGUGAGGAGGCUUCAGCGUGUAAAAUGGCGAGAGCAGCAGACAGGAGUUUGAAGACGCUGAUGUUACGACUAUCUCCUUCCUGUGGAAACGUGAGCCGGGGGAGUUAUUCCACAAGAGUUCCGGCCAUAUGCCAUUGGGUUAAUCGGGUGGGAUAAGGGGAAAACUAGAAAUAAAUUUAUAAAUAAAACACAACACAACACAGGACAACAACACAGCUAAAACAGCAGUUCCCAAGUCCACAAUGAUUAAAAGUUAUCCAGACAUCUGUGCCAGUGUUUGCAGAAACAAGAGGAGUACCUUGUGUCACUUUGUGUAGGCUCAGUUAAAACCAUUACUGUUACAUUGUUGGAAUCAGUUAAUCGACACAAAUUUGUACAUAAAAUUCCUCAACACAGCAUGAGAAGUGGGAACAUCACUAGUCACAAACGUGACUUGCACUUGUCCAUCUUGGAAGCUUGAGCAGGUUUGGAGAAGUAAAGAUAAGUUACUUUAUUGUCAUUGUGCACGCAAUUAAAUUUUGUUUGGUGACUCAGACCAGCGACACUAGACAAUUUCUGUUCUUACACGUGUGUGGUGGCAAACAAGCUACAGAGAGAAACUUCUAGAGAUGUUCUGAAUGGACAUUGUGUAGUUGUCCCAUACACACCACAUUUUGCCCACACAGUGAAUUUAAUACGUUACAGUAGAAGUUAGCUGGUGCUGCUUCAGAGCAGGUUAAUCACACCUACUCCACUUGGUUGUUGUGUUACUUCAGAUAUGCUGUAAGUCUUCAGGUGGUGUGAGCAGAUGCCACGUGGGGGUUUAUGUACAUCGUCUAGGAGAUGUAGCUAAUUUCCUGUGUGGUCCUGCCCCCCGCCUCAUUCUGAUUGGUUAGCGGAACUAGAAGUGACAUUGAUGAGCUGUGUUCAGUAAAAAUUGAAAUGGUUUGGAAAGAGGGGCAGUGGCGGUGCUGCAGGCUCUAUGAGGAGGUCCGGUUCCUGUGUUGGGUUCAGCACUAGAAGCUCCGUCUUGAUAGAAAUCAACAGAAAAAGUGCAACUGCCUUUUCCCAGUGGACAUGAAAUAAAGGGGUUAACACCAGAAA